CUCGCCUAGAUCUUCUCUCUCUCUUUAGGAUCGGGUUACGCUACGCCCCGUGUUUAUUAAGCCCGGGUCAGUGCGCCGUUAGCCGCGGGACAACGGAUGGUCGAAUUGGACACCAUCAGCUGGAGAACCGCAGCUCCAUGCCUCGAAAACCCAGAUAAAGUGUGAAAAAAUCCUAUCGAUGGGGAGAAAUCCCAUUCCUCCAGAGCUCUAAAAAUGAUCGAAACAAUGGACACGCAGCGCGCCUUACAGGCGGUGGAGCGUCUCCAGGCCAAGCUGAAGGAGCGGGGGGAGGUGCCCACCGAGGAGAAGCUCAGCCUGCUCAGGUCGGUGCUCCAGAGCCCCCUCUUCCACCAGAUCCUGGCCUUGCAGAAGACCGUGCAGCAGCUCAAAGACCAGGGGAGUGUCCCACCAGCUUUGCGUGGCAGUGACUUCAGAGAUCACGUGACGCCGGUGCAACAACACAACGGCAGCCACGGCUCUCACUCGGACAUCUCGACAGCGGCGCCUACCGUCAAGACACCAUGCCAAGAAUUCAAUCAGAUUAUUCAGACGAUGGCGCAGGGGCGCUAUGUGGUUCACGUGGACUUGAACAAGCCCGUGUCGGGAGCUGGUCUGGGAUUCAGCGUGGUGGGUCUGAAGAGCGAGAACUGCGGCGAGCUCGGCAUCUUUAUCCAGGAGAUUCAAGCGGGGAGUGUGGCUCACUGCGAUGGCAAACUAAAAGAAGCCGACCAGAUUCUGGCCAUCAACGGCCAGCCCCUGGACCAGACGGUGACCCACCAGCAGGCCAUCGGCAUCCUGCAGAAGGCAUCUGAGAGGGUUCAGCUCACCGUGGCCCGAGGACCCAUACCUCAACUGUGGCAACAUGUGGAGACCAUCGAGCUGGUCAACGAUGGGAGCGGUCUGGGCUUCGGUAUCGUGGGAGGAAAGACGACUGGCGUUAUUGUGAAGACCAUACUUCCUGGAGGAAUUGCGGACCAGGAUGGCCGCCUGCGGAGCGGAGACCACAUCCUAAAAAUCGGCGACACCGACCUGUACGGCAUGGGCAGCGAGCAGGUGGCACAGGUCCUGAGGCAGUGCGGCAACAGGGUGAAGCUGGUCAUCACCAGGGGUCACGUGGACGUGGACAAUCCCUCUGUGUCCGCCUCCACGCCAGUGACGGUCCAGCAGGAGGAGAAACAAGUGGUGGACAAGGGCUAUGAGGACGAAGGGACGGAAGCUUUUGAUGUCAGCCUCACUAAGAACAACCAAGGGCUGGGGAUCACGAUUGCCGGUUAUGUUGGGGAUAAAAAUUCAGAGCCAUCUGGUAUUUUUGUCAAGAGCAUCACAAAGGACAGCGCCGUGGAUCAAGACGGACGUAUUCACGUGGGAGACCAGAUAGUAGCUGUGGACGGCGUCGACAUCCAAGGUUACACCAAUCAACAAGCAGUGGAGGUCCUGCGUCACACGGGCCAGGCCGUCCACCUCAAGCUGAUCCGCCGGGGCUUCCGGCCUGAGGAGAUCCCCCCCGCUGUGGCCCCCAUCAUCACCGUCCUGCCCUCGUUGGCUGCCAUCUCCCUACUAGACCAGGGAGUUAUAGAGAGGCAGAAGGAAGCAGAACAAGAUGAAAAACAGACAAAGAGCCAAGGACCCGCUGCUGUAGAUCAACUGACAGAGGACAAACAAGGAACAACGCUGACACACUACGAAGAGGAGGAACUUGUGAAAAAGUGGCGGGAGAUUCUGGGUGCAAACAAUGAAGUUGUCGUGGCUCAGGUGGAGAAGUUCAGCGAGAGCAGUGGCCUGGGCAUCAGUCUGGAAGCCAGCAGCGGUCAUCACUACAUACGCUCCGUGUUGCCCGAGGGCCCUGUUGGCCGCUGCGGGACGCUUUUCAGUGGGGAUGAACUUGUUGAGGUGAACGGUAUUUCCCUGAUUGGUGAGACUCACAAGGAGGUGGUCCGGAUCUUGAAGGAGCUUCCCCUCUGUGUGUACAUGACCUGCUGCAGACCCACCCCCCACCAACAGGACAAUGCUUCUAAAGAUGAAGAGUCAGAAGCAUUAUCUGCCAGAUCGAAAUUAAAGAAACCAGUCGACUUGAGCAGCAUGCCGCUGUUGGAGGUCGAUACGGCAUUGAAGACAGAAGAGGUGACAGCGGACAACGCGACCCCCGAGACGAUCGGAUCUCCGCUGGCCAUGUGGGAGCUGGAGAUCCAGAAUAUUGAGUUGGAAAAAGGAGCCGGAGGACUGGGAUUCAGCAUUCUGGAUUACCAGGACCCGUUGGAUCCAGCCAAGACGGUAAUUGUGAUCCGCUCCCUGGUCCCUGACGGUGUGGCCGAGCAGGACGGCCGCCUGUUGCCGGGCGACCGCCUGAUGUACGUGGACGACACCGACCUAGAGGAUGCCAGCCUGGAGGACGCCGUUCAAGCGCUGAAGGGGGCCAAGCUGGGCAUGGUGCAGAUCGGCGUGUCCAAGCCUUUGCCCGGGAUAAGUGGGAAUUCCUACUCACCAAAGCUAGUAACGUCAUUUGACCUCCGAGAUUCAGACGAUGAAGGGGAGCUGACCGGUGGCGUCCUUUUCCGAGCAGAGCCGGCAUUGGUCGACACUGGUGACGUGGACGACAAGAUGCUGGAGCGCACUUUUUACGCCGAAGAGGACACCUUUGAGGCGUCCAUGCUCGCUCUUCACGGUAGUAGCUCUGACCUGGAUUACCUGAACUCAUCCACACCCAAGUUGACUGCCUCAAAUCGCCUCAACUAUACACCAUCGUCCCCGACCGACAUCACCGCCCGCCUAGGGGGUGCUGAUAACUACCUGUCAGCCACAGAGGAAACGAUGGAGCCUUCCGACUCCUACAGCCCGUUUAGUGACCCGGAGAGCAGACACCCUCAAGUCCAGUCGGAAGAGAUGGUUCAGUCCACUCUCACAUUUGUGGACAAAAAGAUGUUGACACAGAAGGACGAGGAGGUGGAAACCAGAGCAUGUGCAGACGAUGAUGCAGAAGAAGCGGCGAUGUCAGGAAGCAGCUUUGAAAGGACCAUCACGGUUGUCAAGGGCAACUCCAGUCUUGGGAUGACAGUAAGCGCCAUGAAGGACGGCCUGGGUAUGCUGAUCCGCAGCAUCAUCCACGGCGGCUCCAUCAGCCGGGACGGGCGCCUUGGGGUGGGUGACCUCAUCCUGUCCAUCAACAGGGAGCCCACUGCCAACAUGACCACCACUCAGGCCCGCGCCAUGCUUCGCCGGCACUCUCUCAUUGGGCCAGACCUAGGAUCGGCACCCGAGGAUGAUCUGUGCCCGUUUUAUGUCAUCACGUACGUCCCUGCCGAGUAUCUGGAUGAGUACAAGAACAGCCUGGAGCAAACCACAGACAACGUCUUCUCUGAACCUCCGCCGCCGAUCUCAGCUCCAAAGGAUGUUCCUAACCUUCCAGAGCGGGAAGAUGGCGAGGGGGAGGAGAGUGUGACUUAUAGCAACUGGAACCAACCUCGACUUGUGGAGCUUUUCAGGCAGCCCGGCAAGUCUCUGGGCAUCAGCAUCGUCGGGGGACGAGGGAUGGGCAGCCGUCUUAGCAACGGCGAGGUGAUGAGGGGCAUUUUUAUCAAGCAUGUCCUGGAGGACAGUCCUGCUGGGCACAAUGGUACCUUGAAGACUGGAGACAGAAUUGUAGAGGUGGACGGCGUAGACUUGAGAGAUGCCAGUCAUGAGGAGGCGGUGGAGGCCAUACGCAAGGCGGGCAACCCCGUGGCCUUCUUGGUGCAGAGUAUCGUCCACAAGCCCAGGGUAAGCCUGAAUACAAAUUACUAGACAGUAGAAUAUUUAUAUAUAAUGCAUCAUGUUGUGCAGUGUGCAUCAGUGGCGGCGGUAGAGUCCAGUGAGGACAAUGUCGCACCUGUAACGAAGGACAAGAAGGACAAGGAGGCUGACAGUCACAGUAGACUUGUCUUCCGCCUCUCCCCAACUAACCCUUUUACUCCUACCCCGUUUAAGGCAAAGAAGUGUGAGACAAAAGACGUCCUUGGUGGCGGCGGCGGGAGCGGCGUCCUGGCCCUGCCGGUGGUGCCGCAUGUAGGGGAGACGGACACCGACAUGUUGACGGAGAUUCCGGGCUGGAUUAUGGAAGAUGCUGAGGAGGGGAAUGAUGAGGAAGAAGAGGAGCUGGAUGAGUUUGGAUACAGCUGGAAGAACGUCAUCCAGCGCUAUGGCAGCCUGCCAGGCGUCCUGCACAUGAUCGAGCUGGAGAAAGGCAAGACAGGUCUGGGCCUCAGCCUGGCGGGCAACAGGGACCGCUCCCGCAUGAGCGUGUUCGUGGUGGGAAUCGACCCUGCGGGAGCGGCCGGGACGGAUGGACGCAUGCUUGUCGGGGAUGAGCUACUGGAGAUUAAUGGGGAGGUCCUGUACGGCCACAGUCACCAGAAUGCAUCAUCCAUUAUCAAAAGUGCCCCAUCUAGAGUAAAAAUCAUCUUUAUCAGGAACACAGAGGCGCUGGGGCAGAUGGCGGUGGGCCCGGUGAGAGAAGCUGAGGGAGAUACAUUGGAGUCCCAUGUGGAGCCAGAAACUGCUGCCAAUGGCAAUGUGGACGGCGCCGCAACGCUAAAGGAAGAAGAUGAAGGGCCCACAGAGGUGAAAGUGCAUAAAGAAUAUAGUGUUCAGUACACUGAAGACUGCACAGGAGGCGCCGUGAACGGGGAACCAGAGCUUGGCUACACUGUGGAAAUGCUUCAGAACAACCCAAACGAAUGCCUACCCAGCGUGAUUUCCGGCAGUCACCUGGAAACAGCCAGGAGUAAUUGCUGUUCAUCGGUUCAAAACAACCCAGACGAAGGCCUCGCCAGCCUACCCAGCAUGACUUGUCAACCGGAAACAUCCACAAGUCUUAGCCAUUCAUCAGUUGAAAACAACCCAGAAGAAGACCUCACCAGCUUACCUAACGUGCUUUGUCAAAUGGAAACGGCCACGAGCUAUAGCCAUUCACCGGUUCAAAACAUCUCAGAAGAAGGCCUCUCCAGCCUAUCCAGCAUGCAUUUUGAACUGGAAACAGCCAUAGGUCAUAGCCGUUCAUCAACCCCUUCUACACUAGCCUCCGACCCAGCCACAUGCCCCAUCAUUCCGGGCUGCGAGACCACCAUUGACAUCUCCAAAGGCCGGACGGGCCUGGGGCUCAGCAUCGUAGGGGGAUGCGACACCCUGCUGGGGGCCAUCAUCAUCCAUGAGGUCUACGAAGAAGGUGCAGCCUCCAAGGACGGCAGGCUGUGGGCCGGAGACCAAAUCCUAGAGGUGAAUGGUAUCGACCUGCGCGCAGCAAGCCAUGACGACGCCAUCAACGUGCUACGCCAGACCCCACAAAGGGUCCGGCUGAGCGUCUACAGGGAUGAGGCCCAGUACAAAGAGGAGGACUUGUGGGACUCGUUCACCGUGGAGCUGCACAAGGAGCCCGGACAAGGACUGGGACUGAGCAUCGUUGGGAGGAGAUCGCGGGACCAAAGGAACGACACAGGGGUCUUUGUCUCAGACAUUGUCAAAGGAGGCUUGGCGGACACAGAUGGCCGACUCAUGCAAGGCGACCAGAUCUUGACAGUCAAUGGCGAAGACGUCCGGUCCGCUACUCAGGAAGCUGUCGCCACUCUUCUCAAGUGCUGUGUCGGUUCUCUGAAGAUGGACGUUGGGAGGUUUAAAGCCGGACCCUUCCACUCAGAACGGAGGCUGUCUCAAAGUAGCCAGACAAGUGAACCAAGCAGCUCCAAUGUGGCCUUGGACGUAGGAGGUGACCCAGACAAGCGGAGCAGCAUUCAAGAGCAGCACCAGGACGACGUGAGAAUGGUGGAGUUUACCAAAGGCCCCAGCGAUUCCUUGGGGGUCAGUAUCGCAGGCGGUGUGGGUAGCCCUUUAGGGGACAUACCCAUCUUUAUCGCCAUGAUGAACCCUGGUGGCCUGGCGGCACAGACACAAAAACUGAAGGUCGGGGACCGGAUCGUCAGUAUCGGUGGAGCCUCCACUGAGGGUAUGAGCCACUCGCAAGCAGUCACGCUCCUCAAGAACGCCACAGGGACAAUAAAGCUGCAGGUGGUGGCAGGUGGUGAUAACACUGUGACGGGUCCAGCUCAGGAUCAAGUGGUUGGGGGCCUCACAGCAAGCUGCAUCUUUCAGGAUGAUCUCAGCCCCCCUCAAUAUAAGACCAUCAUUCUGGAGAGAGGAUCCGACGGGCUGGGCUUCAGUAUCGUCGGAGGCUAUGGCAGCCCCCACGGGGACCUGCCCAUUUACGUGAAGACCGUUUUUGUAAAGGGGGCAGCAGCAGAGGACGGCCGCCUGAAGCGCGGGGACCAGAUUAUGGCCGUGAACGGGCAACCACUAGAGGGUGUCACGCACGAGGAAGCCGUCGGUAUCCUGAAGAGGACCAAAGGGAGCGUCACGCUCACUGUGCUGUCGUAAUUUUGACAUUCCGUUGAAGUAUUUCCCCGAUAUUAACUGUGAAAUUGUUAAUUUUUUCAGAUUAUUUUCACUUAAAUUGACGAGGACAGCGCACUGGAGGCCACAAGCCGAUUAGGCAGAAAUGAACUGCUAAUGAUUUAUUAUGUAUUCUAUCAGUGUUAGAUCCCCCUUACUCAAGUAUUAAUGCAAAUACAUAUAAACUGAGUGAUAAAUGGCACGAUAAAGCUGCUAUGAUUAGUAUUUCAUCAAAAUAUCAUUAUUAGGCAUUUAUGUUGUCUAGUCUAGUCUUACCACCUUUGUGUGUGAUGCAAGAACUGUCCAAGCGACAGAAUUCAAUUUAUUCAUGCUGAAUUUGAAUAAAAAAGUGACCUUUUCGAA